GGAGAGCGCCCUCUGCUGGGCUGAGGCUGCAGCUCGGGUGAUGCCUGGGCUUCUCCAAAGGCCAUGCAGUCCUCUACCGACCCCUGGCUGCCCAAAUACUGCAGUGUGGCCACAACCCUGAAGGCCCCUGACCCAGGCGGCGCUGCACCACCCUGGAACCUCUCCUUCACCUGUCCCUUUGCCCUGCAAGCACCGUGGCUGCCCGCACACUGCGUUCUCACCAGGUGUGCUUCUUGUCACCCCUGUCUCCACACUGCUGAUUCUCCAUGGCCAGGGCCUCGGUGGCUGGGAAGAGUUGGAGGUGCUGCUGGCCCCUGGGUCCUGGCAAGAUGGGAACCAGAUGGCUUUUAUUAUCGAGCUCAGAUAAAGGCUGCUCCAGAGCUGGAGAGGCAGGGGGCCCUGGUAGUGGGAUUUGAAGUUCCCCUUGUCUCAGACCCAAAGCCUCCAGCACAGCAGUGGAGUGUGGUCCUCCAGGAAGAAGUCAUUCAGUUGUCAUCACCUGUGGAACAGUCACUGCAGCCCGGGGACAAGGUGCUGGCCCCCUGGGAGCCAGAGCAAGUGCAGUAUGGCCCUGGCACUGUUCUCUCAGGCUUAAAGAAAAAAAAACACCACAGAGCAUCUAAGAAAAAAGAAAUCACUGUUCACUUCUGGAACGGCAAGACAGCCAAGGUGCCUGCAGACAGGGUCAGGGGUAUACCCUCUGCUGUCUGGAAAAAGGCGGUGGAGAGGCUGCAAAUGCUUCACACCAGUGAAUGCCACAGUCCUCCUCUCUGGGCCCCUUGCUGUCCCCGACUGGGACCCAACACUGGAUGUGCUACACACGGGUGUCCUGUGGAUAUGUCAUUCCUGUGUCCUCCCUGCUGUUCCCAGAUCUGCGGCCAACUUCUGUGCCAGGGCCACCUCCAUAGCUGCCCCUUGGUGGGUCCCACCUGCUGGCCUCUAACUAGAACUUCAGAGUUCACAGCCAGAGAAGUCCCAGAGCCAGAGCUGAAGCCCACAGCCCAGUUUUUGCCCCUCGAGGGUCCUAAAGAGGCAGCUGCAGUGUUUACUCAGGAUGAGUCUCCCUCCCCCUCCUCAUCCUCCUCUUGUGAAGAGAACUCAGAGGAUGCUCUGGAGAUGGGACUUCUCCAGAGACAGAUGGUGAGCAGCACGGUCAACACUGACCCCAUCCUUCCUGAACCACCUCCAAGGCAGAGUAGCCCCCCCAAGCCUGCAUGGAGGUACUGGAGGAGAAACGGGCCUGAGCCACCUCCUGGGAAGCCAGGUGUGUUAUGCCAAGGGUGUGGGGCUCUUGUCCUCCAGUUUAAGGACCAAGGCAGUGGCCGCAUGAGUCUCUUAGGAAUCUAGUGCACCUGUGCGCUCUGCUGAGCUUGGACGCAGUGCUGGGGAGUCAGGCUGUGGGGGAGACUGUGAAAUGAGGGCAGUGGUGGCCUCCAUUAAAGCUGGACAAGAGAGAAGGAAGAGUUGACUUUUGUGCUCCGGUUCGCAUCCCUAUUUAAUACCUCUCCCUUUGUUUCUUUUUUGAGACAGGGUCUCAUGCAGCCCAGGCUCGCCUUAAACUUGCUAUGUUGCCAAGGAUGACCUUGAACUCCUGAUUCUGCUAGGCUUACAGGCAUAUGUCAGGUUUAUGUGUGAUGGAGCCCAGGGAUUUGUGCAUGCUAAGAAAGGCUCCACCAGCAGAGUCACACCCCCAGCCUACUGCCCGUUUUCCUUUUUCACUCAUCUCUGACAGGGCACUGCCUCCAGGUGGUGAUGAGCGCCAAGGCCCUGAGAAGUACAGAAAUUGGUUCUUAAAUGUUAGUCGUUAGGCUGCACUGUCCAGAUGGUCCCCCUCAGUAAGUCAGUGGGAAUAAUGCCUCUUUCUGUUGCUCAUUCUUUACAACAGGGGAUGAACCUACUGCAACUCCCUCCCCAAUGCAGCAGGGCCUCACAGGUUUGCACACCCCUGAGAAUGCAGGUGAUGAGCACCCUGGUCUUUGAAGUCAAGAGAAGCAGACUUUUCUGCACCUUUUGGCCAAAGGCAGAAGGCUUUCCCUUUGAUAAAAACUCCACCUUUUGACCUGAGACCCAAGGAGUCUCUUCAGCACAGCAGGCUUUCCCUUUGAUGAUCUUUUUUAAAAAAAUAUUUUAUUAUUUUUAUGUGUAUGACUGUAUUGCCUGCAUGUAAGUGCACCCCGUGUCUCCUGCAACCCUUUGAUGAUCUUAAAGGGUAAACAGACACCUUUUGACCCAGAUCCUGGCUGAUGGACAGAAAGGGGCGGUUUUAAUAGACUAACAGAUGCUGUUAAGCGCUGGGCUCCCUCAUGCUCCCCCCCGAAUUUUUUAUAUGUUCCCGCCUUCUGCAUCCCCUAAAGUCCCCCAUAAAGACCCCAGCCCACAACUUGUGGGCUGACAAUUUUCCCAUGCAAAUUUCCCUUGCUAAUAAACUC